UGGGUCUUUUCUUAAUCACCAGUCUGGUCACACUGAGUUUGUUUGGCUUUUCAUCCAAUCUUGUGGGCAUACUCGGAAUUUGAAGAUUUUAGAGAUGGGUCGCAACAAGGCAAACAACAAAAAGGUAGCUCCUGGAGCUGCUAAGCCAAAGACUCCUCUGAACAAGUCAAAGAAGACUAAGAACGUUUUCAAAGUGGGAGACGGUAACAAAGGCAAGGGCAAGAAGCCCAAGGAAGUGCAGGGCAAGCUCAAGCAGAUCAAGGAAUCUGUGAAGGCCAAGCAGGAGAAGGUAGACGCCAGCCUGAAGAGCCUACACAAGGAUCUGGUGGUGAAGAAGCCAAAAGCCCCAGUGGCACCCAUUAAGACCAAUAAGAAGAAAGGGGCCAAUGCCCAAAAAGUGUCCGACACGCUGGGCAAACUUAAGUUCUAAAAAAUUACGCAUAAUCCGGUUUACGUUUUACGUAUAGUAGAUGUAGUUAGUCCCCAUUGAUUGUUAAAGACUUGUGUCUAAUGUUGCUAGGGCAAUGAUUAUCCAAAAUAUAUGAUAGCUGUAUGGACAGUGAUGGGAAGCAAUAAUCUAGGUAAUAUUCUAUGAAUACUCAAUCACUUCUUGACCUCUUGUUAACCUUCUAUUGACUUUCAUUCCGUUUGCGCUCGAAUACCUGAUAAAUAUUAUUUCCAAGGAAUAGGCCUUUUAAAUAAUCGUUGAUCCCAAAUUUAUUUAAAAAAAUAGCGUACAUCUCUUAGUAGGAUGUGGGUAUUAAUAUAGUUGUACCUUUAUAUAUUUCUUGAAUCCUACCAAUAAUUGUGUUGCACUCCCAUCACUGUAUUAUGGCAACCUAGACAACCA